AUGCGAUUUUCGGAACUCGUGAGUGUUCACAGUCCGCCCAAUUUGUACAAGCCGCAUAGAAGGUCGCGGUAUAAGGAAGGCCAACGAAAGGAGAAGAUCGGGCAAGGAAUGGUGUGGAAAACUGUAGACCCGGGAAGAAGAAGUGGUUGGAUUUGGCGAUGCACAGAGGAGAACGGAAAGCAAUAUGUCGGUCAGUAAGAUCUUAAAGGUCAUAUAUAAAGAGGAAGAAGAAGAAUCGAAAGGGUUCGAGAUAACCGAGUGAGUGCAUGUGCAUUGUAAGUAUAUACGCGCGCGUACAAGACGUUAUAAUACUUGCGUCGGGAUUUAGAUUGAUGUGCGUGCGCGCCUCGAGGCACCACGUCGCAUUGUACUCGCGCACGAGGAACCGAAUGGCGUCCGAGUAAAAAUAUAAAUAUUAUUAAUUUCCGCGCGUCUACGCAGCAGACGGCUUCACGGACGGUGCGACCCGAGUAAAUAUAACCGUUUGCUACUCGUCUAUUAUUAUAGUAUUACUACCGACUGCUACUACUAUAUUGCUGUACUUUUUUCUAUAUAUAUAUAUAUAUAAUAUAUGCGACUCUACUAUGACUGUAUAGUAACUAUUUUUUUUUUUUUUUUUUAGACUCCCGGUCACCGGCCGAUUGUUCGGUCCGAGAGAGGAUUUCGGCCGGCCGCGUCGCCGACGCCGAGAAUAA